AUGCAGCUCUUGAUCUUCAUCGCUGCCGUGACCCUUGCUUAUGCUGACCACUGCACCGAUCCACUUGCGGCACCUGCAACGGCCUCAUCUCUGUUGCAGCAGGCGCAUGCAACACAAGCGCAUCAGCCCCAUGGGCUGUUUGGGACGAAGGGCAUGUCCAACAUGGAAAUGCAGAGCUCCUCUACUGCCGCAGGAUUCUUGUCGAUCCUCGUGUCGUCUCUGAAAGCAAUUGGUGUUGCAGCUUCCGUCAUCGCUGUAGGGGUGCUGGCUACCCGGCAGGGCAUCAUCACCUUGGCGGUGCGAAAGGCCAUGGGGGAAAUCACCAUGAAGCUGGCAAUUCCUGCACUGUUGUUCUCCCGCAUCCUCUACUGCGACCAGUGCAAUACGGGUGGGAAUCAGUGCGCACCUUGUCAGCCUUUUGUGAGCAUCAUCCUGAGCAGCUGGAUCCUCUUCCUCCUGCCGAUCGUGGUUGUAGGUCUUGGCGUGCUGUUGGGAAAGACGGCAUCAGUUUUAACGUCUGCACCCAGCGAUUUCUCCCGGGGGACCGUUUGUGCUGUGGCCUUCGGCAACUCAACAGGUUUGCCGAUUGUUCUUUUGUCAGUGAUCUCCUUGGGCACUCCAGCCACUGGGAGUAUGGGCAGCAUCGACCCGCUUCUGCGCCUUCCAGUUUACUUAAUGCUCUAUCCCGUCCUUCAGUGGGGAGUUGGGCGUUACCUCCUCAAAGAAGACGAGGAAAAAGGAGAGAGUUUUGGGCUUCGGGCCAUGCUCGAGCAGGCCCUUGUACCUCCGGUCAUUGCUGCGCUCCUUGGUUUGGUCAUUGGCGUAUCACCGGUGAGGGCUUGGAUGGUGGAUGUCUUCGACCAAGAUAACGAUGCACCUCUGACCUGGCUCUAUGAUGGCAUCUACAAGCUUGGGGAUGCGGCCGUGCCUCUUAACCUCCUUGUCUUGGGCAGCGCUCUCUCUAAAGGGGCAAACUUUGAAGCUCUUCCGAUCAGGGUGGGAGUGGCCAUCGUGCUCUGCAAGUUGGUCUUGAUGCCACUCUGCAUGAGUCUCAUCGUCUAUGGGCUCAUCCGCAUUGGGCCCAAGGAUCCUUCCUUGUGGCUGGUGGCUUUGAUCGUCAGCUGCACGCCUACCGCCAACAAUGUCGCAGUGAUGGCUGAAUCAGGUGGCCAGAACAAGGAUGCCAUGUCUACAGCCAUCUUCUUACAGUACCUGGUUGCGCCCUUAUGCGUGGCAACCUCAAUUGCAUAUUUCAACAUGCUCCUUUCCUCCACGUGGUACUUGCCAGCCAUGCCUGCGCAGACUUUGCCGCCGCGCCAGGAGGACUUCAGGGACAAAGAGGCCUUCCUCGGAUUCCUGGAUGCUUCCUUGCAAGUCCUCCGGAAGCAUCUGGCCUCUGCGUACGACGCGAAGCUGGCGAAGUUCGAUGCUUCCAGCAAGCUGCUGAGCCUGGAGGGCGAUCUGAAUCUCCUGGCCGAGAGGCAGCGCAGCGACUCGAAGACCUCGGUUUCGCUCCCAGCCUCCCCGAGGAGUGUGUCCUCGGCCCCCAGCAGCGUGAGGUUUGGGGAGGAGACCCACAUUGAGAUCGAGCAUCAAAGCCAUCAAAGGCCUAGUGGCUCCAUCUUCCCUGAGGUGAAUUUGGGGGAUUUGGAUGAUUUAGACGGGGAGGAGGAUGGCGGCGUGAGCCACGGAGACUCCUCGGCACUGCUGCAAUCGGACUUGCAGGAUAUGACUGAAUCGGAGCGGCGGAUGAUCAGGCAUCGUCUCCGCGUGCGAUUGGGCGUCGUUAGCCGGAACAAGCUCGUUUCUGGCAAGUCCCUUCACGACUCCCUGUCAGCCCUGGGGCUGACGCGAUACACGGAACAGGAGAUCAACGAUCUAAUCAACCAUCUGGCGACCUUCGUGGGCCUGAACUUCGAGGAAGAGGAGGACAACACCUGGAGUGCGAACACCAUGAACACCAUCGGGAGCACCUUCGACCGAUUCGACAUCUUUGGGCUCCGGGGCUUCGAUGCAGAGGCGGCCAAGCCCGUCUGGCAGUGGCCCAGCGGAUCCCCGGCGAGCUUUAAGAAGGAGAAGUCGACCAUCAGCCUCCACCGGGAGAAGUCGACCUUCAGCAUUUACCGGGACCCCUCGUCUCCGGACCUUCAUGUGGACGAGAAGAACCUGGUGAACUUCAACGUGGUGCCGCUGGAGGCGCUCAUGGACGUCUUCCUCGCGCACGAGUCGAGCAUGCACAAGAAGAUCUUCGGCCCGAAGGUUCUGAAGCAGUUUCGGGCCGUGAAGGAGAUCCUGCUUGCCGGCGACACGAACCGUUUGGUGGCUGAACUGACCUUCGUUCGAAUGAAUGAUCUCGCCGUUCCCUCGGAGCCUAUUCACAUCCUGCUCUAUUUGGAGCCUUUAAUCGCGUUAAUCAUUAUCGCCAACGGCAUCUCCAUCGGAAUUCAAACAGAUCCCAUGUAUGAGGGCUGGCCCUACUGGAUGUACGUGGAGCUUGGCUUCGUAGUGCUUCUCUCCAUCGAAAACCUGACCCGCACCGCUGUGCUUGGCUGCCGUGACUUCUGGUGCGGGGCCGAACGCGGUUGGAAUUGGUUCGAUUCAAUUGUGACAGCCAUUGGUAUCGCAGACGUCUCCUGGCAGCUGCUUGCCACAGAUUCCCCGGACAUCGCCGGCACCUUGCUGCUCCGCUGCUUCCGCCUCGUGCGCCUGGCCCGGGUCGUGCGUGUCUUCCGCUUGAAGAUCAUGUCCGACCUCCGCCUCAUGGUUAGGGGACUCGUUGCCGGCAUCUGGACGCUGGCGCUGGCGUUCUGCCUACUCUUCGCGGUCCUGUACCUCAUCGCAGGCCUGGCCUCCUUCACCAUUGGCCGGGAUAGUCGGAUGGCAGACCUUGGCAUGGAGGAUCUGUUUUACAACAUCCCCUGGUCCAUGUUUACUGCCUUUCGCUGUUUCAUCGGCGACUGUAACACCAUGACUGGGGAGCCGAUUAUGCUGGUCCUCGCCGAGCAGUUCGGAGUGGUCUUUGUUUUUGGCUACGUUUGCAGCUACAUGCUGGUGGCCAUGGGCAUUUUCAAUGUAAUUCUUGCCGUCUACGUGGACAUCACAAUGCGGGCUGCGAAAGAGAACGACGCUGUCACUGCAGAGCAGUACAACCGUGAGUCCAUACGAAUCGCCCGUGCAACCCGAGAGCUACUGAAGAAAUUCGCAGCUGCUUAUCAUGUUUUCCACGUAAUCGAAGAUCAUGCAGCUGAUAUUUCGCGCUUGGAAAUCAGCCACGGGGCAACUCUGUUUACCGACGACGAGAUUCACGAUGAUGUCGCCAUUACCAAAGAGCUCUUCUUUCUGGUUAUUCAAGAUCCUGCGGUGCAGGCCUUGAUGGAUGAGCUCGACCUUCCGCCGAACCGCGCGCAGCUCUUUGAAGUCAUCGAUUCAGAUGGAAGUG